GUGUUGUAUCCUAUUCUAUCACCCCCUUGUUCAUUUUCAGCUAAAAAGACUCACAGUUAAACAAGCUCAAAUGGGAGCAUCUCCGAAGCUCCUUCUUCUUACAUUUAUUUUCAUUGCAACUGCAACUGCAACUGCAGCCUUUGGAUUUGCAGGCACUUCUAAUAAGCUCCACACUGAAGAAGUGAGGGCAUUGAAGCAAAUAGGGAGGCAACUGGGGAAGAGAGAUUGGAAUUUUGAAGAAGAUCCCUGCAGUGGCAAAGGGAAUUGGAUUGUAAAGGAGGCGAUAGAAGGUCAUGAGAGUAAUCUCACGUGUCACUGCUCUUCCUCUUCUUGCCACGUUGUCAGCAUACAGUUAAAAGCUCAAAAUCUCACAGGAAUUAUCCCACCAGACUUCUCCAAGCUUCGCUACCUUAAACUUCUAGACGUCAGCCGCAACUGUCUCACUGGUUCUAUUCCUCCACAAUGGGCUGCCAUGAAAUUGGAGGAGCUGUUGCAUACUUUUGCUUUGUAAAUUUGCGGCUCUUUCAUGGGGAACCGACUCUCAGGUCCAUUCCCAAAAGUUCUCACAAACAUCACCACCCUCAGAAACCUGAGUAUAGAAGGGAACCUCUUUUCAGGACGCAUUCCACCAGAGAUUGGAAAGUUGGUCAAUCUACAGAAAUUGAUUCUAUCAUCAAAUGCAUUCACAGGAAAAUUGCCAUUAGAACUUGCGAAAUUGAGCAACUUGAAUGAUUUGAGGAUAAAUGACAAUAACUUUUCUGGCAAGAUACCAGGUUUCAUUAGUAAAUGGAAAAACAUACAGAAAUUGCAUAUCCAGGGUUGCUCUCUUGAGGGGCCUAUACCUUCUAGCAUUUCUGCCUUGACUAGAUUAAGCGAUCUGAGGAUUAGUGACUUGAAAGGGGGAGGGACUGCUUUCCCACGAUUGGAUAACAUGAAAUCCUUGAAGACAUUGAUUCUAAGGGAAUGCAUGAUACACGGAGAGAUCCCAGAAUGUAUUGGUAAUAUGAUGAAAUUGAAAAACAUAGACCUUAGUUUUAAUAACUUGAUUGGUCCAAUUCCUAAAACAUUCAACCAAUUGGCAAAAGUCGAUUUCAUGUAUUUGAUGGGUAACAUGCUUACUGGAGUUGUACCUAAAUAUAUCUUAGAAAGCAACAAAAUUGUGGAUGUAUCUUAUAACAAUUUCACUUGGGAAAGCUCAGGUCCAAUUGAAUGUCCUCGAAGGACGAAGCAUUUAAUUCAUUUUCCCAGGAACUUAGUGGAGAGCUACUCCUCGUCAGCCGAUAAAGUAAGUAGAGUUCAUUCGUGCCUAAAACACAACUUUCCAUGUUCUGCAUCUAGUGAUCAGUAUCGCUACUCCAUGCACAUAAACUGUGGUGGUAAGGAAUUAAAUAUUGGUAACACCAAGUAUGAAGCUGACAUUGAAGCGAAAGGAGCUUCUAUGUUUUACACAGGCCCAGGCCAGUACUGGGCAUUUAGCAGUACUGGAAACUUCAUGGACAAUGAUGUUGUUUCAGAUGUUUAUAUUCAAACCAAUACAUCCGCUCUUUCUAAUGUAUCUGCUGAUAGUUCGGAACUGUAUAGAACAGCACGUGUUUCUCCUCUCUCUCUGACUUACUAUGGACUCUGCCUCGGAAAUGGGAAUUACACUGUCAAACUUCACUUUGCUGAGAUUAUUUUCACAAAUUACAGCUCUUUGAAUAGCUUGGGAAGGCGUAUAUUUGAUGUGUACAUCCAGGGGAAGUUGGUCCUGAAACAUUUUAGCAUUCAAAAUGAGGCUGGUGGUACUGGUAUUCCCAUUGUAAAGAAUUUUACAGCCCCAGUGACAAGUAACACAUUAAAGAUUCAGUUUUACUGGGCUGGAAGAGGGACAACCGGCAUACCAGUCAGAGGAUUUUAUGGCCCUAUAAUAUCAGCUAUCUCAGUAGAUCCAAACUUUAAGCCUCCUGUGCUUAAGGGCAAAAAACAUCGUGUCAUGGUAGUGGCUGGGACUUUGGCUUCAUCACUAUUACUUGUCCUGUUGCUAUUACUUAUCCUGCGGAGGAAAGGGUGGCUGGGAGGCAAUGUCUCUGCGGAUAAAGAGCUGAGAAGUCUAGAUCUGCAAACAGGAAUAUACACUCUAAGACAGAUUAAGGUUGCCACAAAGAAUUUUGAUGCAGCUAAUAAAGUUGGGGAAGGUGGUUUUGGUUCAGUUUACAAGGGUGUACUAUCAGAUGGAACUGUAAUUGCAGUAAAACAGCUCUCAUCGAAAUCUAAGCAAGGAAAUCGUGAAUUUAUAAAUGAAAUUGGCAUGAUAUCUGCUUUGCAACAUCCAAAUCUUGUAAAGUUGUAUGGGUGUUGUGUUGAAGCAAAUCAGUUGUUACUUGUCUAUGAGUACAUGGAAAAUAAUUGUGUUUCCCGCGCUCUUUUUGGGAGAGAUGCAGCAAACAGAUUAAAACUAGAUUGGCCUACAAGGAGAAAAAUUUGCUUAGGCAUAGCUAGAGGUUUAGUCUACCUCCAUGAAGAGUCGAGAAUAAAAAUUGUGCAUAGGGAUAUCAAGACAAGCAACGUCUUGCUUGAUAAGGAUCUCAAUGCUAAAAUUUCUGAUUUUGGCUUGGCUAAGCUUUACGAAGAUGACAGUUCUCACAUCAGCACAAGGGUUGCUGGAACUAUUGGUUAUAUGGCUCCUGAGUAUGCGAUGCGUGGCUACUUAACAAACAAGGCUGAUGUUUAUAGUUUUGGAGUGGUUGCAUUGGAAAUCAUUAGUGGAAAGACCAACACAAACUACAGGCCAAAUGAGGAUUUUGUUUACCUUCUUGACUGGGCGUUUGUUCUCCAAGAAAGAGGAAAUCUAUUAGAGCUGGUUGAUCCUAAUUUGGGAUCAGAAUAUUCAUCGGAGGAAGCAAUGGCGAUGCUUAAUGUGGCUCUCUUGUGCACGAAUGCAUCCCCGACGCUGAGGCCAAUGAUUUCUCAAGUCGUGAGCAUGCUGGAAGGUCGAACUGAGGUUCAAGACCUGCUUUCAGAUGCUGGGUUUUUAGCCACUAAUUCAAAAUUUAAGGCCAUAAGAAAUCACUUCUGGCAACAUCCAAGCCAAACGCAAAGCUUGUCAACUGGUGGUCCUAGUACUGAAUGUACUGAUUACUCAAAUAUAGAAAUAAAAAUGAGUGACCUUCCUUUGAGAAGUAGUCCAGUUUCAGUUUCAGUUUCAGUAUGAUGUUAUGCCAUGGGGAAAAGUCUCUGUGUAUAUAAUAUAAAUAAUUUAAUUUCAAUGUAUUAUUAAUAAAGUAAUUUGAAAUGUCUGAUACGUGUCACAAUGGAUGAGGUUAGUUUUAGUUCUGUAUGUAUGAUUUAUUAAUAGUUGUAUUAUAAAUCAGGGUGAUGUUUACUUUGUGGAUUGGAUGGGACUGGGAAUGAAA